AUGGUUUACACUGCCAGAAAGAUCGGAGCCAAGAACAGCUUGGACUACAAAGUCUACAUUGAGAAGGACGGAAAGCCAGUUUCAGCCUUCCAUGACAUUCCUUUGUAUGCUGACAAGGCUAAUCAAAUUUUCAACAUGGUCGUUGAAAUUCCUCGUUGGACUAACGCCAAGUUGGAAAUUACCGAGGAACAAACUUUGAACCCAAUUAUCCAAGAUACCAAGAAGGGUAAGUUAAGAUUUGUUAGAAACUGUUUCCCUCACCAUGGUUACAUCCACAAUUACGGAGCUUUCCCUCAAACUUGGGAGGACCCCAACUCAAUUCAUCCAGAAACUAAAGCUGCUGGUGACAAUGAUCCUUUAGACGUUUUGGAAAUUGGUGAGACCAUUGGAUACACUGGUCAAGUCAAGCAAGUUAAGGUCUUGGGUGUUAUGGCUCUAUUGGAUGAGGGUGAAACCGACUGGAAGGUCAUUGCCAUCGAUAUCAAUGAUCCUCUUGCUCCAAAGCUAAACGAUAUUGAGGAUGUUGAAACUUAUUUCCCAGGUCUACUAAGGGCUACCAAUGAGUGGUUCAGAAUUUACAAAAUUCCUGAUGGAAAGCCAGAAAACCAAUUUGCUUUCUCUGGAGAAGCCAAGAACAAGAAAUACGCCUUGGACGUCAUCAGAGAAUGUUACGAAGCUUGGGAGAACUUGAUUCAAGGAAAAGCUACUGACUCCAAAAAGAUUGAUCUCACUAACACUACUUUGGCUGAAACUCCAUCUUACAACCCUAACGCUGCUGUUGCAGUUCCAGCUGCUGAUAAUGAACCAGAUGCUCCAAUUGACAAGUCCAUUGACAAAUGGUUCUUUAUUUCAGGAUCUGCGUAA